AUUUGGAAAAGCCUAAGAAGAAGGCGUUUUCAUCAAUGGAACUAACUAAGGAAAAGUCCCCGACAAUAACAUUCAGCAAUGUAAAAGAUGAACACGAACAAAGUGUCACAAAACGGUCUCGAAUUGUGAAUGAAACUGCUAAAAAGGGUCCUCCAACGAACAAAUCUAUCCCAGUGAGGAAUUUGAAGACCAUCAUAGUCAAGAUGUCUACUGCGGAGAAUGCUGGAUUCAAACAUGAGUACCAUGAAAUACCAAAGGGUGAACUUCAUCCUUGUGAAGAGGCAAAAAAGUCGGAAAAUAAACCAAAAAAUAGAUACACGACCAUAUUCCCUUACGACCACUCUCGCGUUGUUUUGAAAAAAACGUAUGAAGGAGAUUAUAUCAAUGCUAAUUAUAUCGAGAAUGUCCUUCAUCAACGAAAUUACAUCGCAACUCAAGGCCCAAAACCUAAGACAAUCGGUGAUUUUUGGCAGAUGAUUUGGCAGGAGGAUGUAUCUGUCAUUGUUUGUUUGACCAAUCUCAAAGAAGGGACAAAGAACAAAUGUGCCCAAUAUUGGCCAGAUAUCAGCGAUAAACUACAAACAGGGGAUGUUACACUGAGACACCUGGAAGAAAAAGUAUAUUCUAAUUAUACAAUAAGACGGUUCAAAGCAAGUAAACAUAUGGAGCAGAAAGAUCGUGAGGUUGUGAUGUUUCAUUACACGCGGUGGCCAGAUCAUGGGGUUCCUGAUCCACUCAGUCUUGUUGUGUUCCAUCGUCACGUAAUGAAGAUUUCAUCAGAAUACCCUGGAAAAUAUACAGUUGUGCAUUGCAGCGCAGGAAUUGGCAGAACAGGGACAUACAUAGCUUUAGACGCCCUCUACCGGGAAGGUGAGAUAAUUGGUAAAGUUAAUGUACCUAUGUACGUCAGGACCAUGAGAAAAGACAGAAUGAACAUGAUUCAAGGGGAUGACCAGUAUAAAGCAGUUUAUCUUGCCUUAUGUGAAUCUUUCAACGGGAAAUCAAGAUGUUUGACGUCCUCCAUGUUUUCCAAGUUAUUCCAAGAUAAAACCUACAUGAAUUCUGGACAAGUUACAAAGAAUUCCUCCUUGUCUUCAGAAUUUCAGGAGCUACAGUCUCUUCGUAAAGAAUACACUGAGAAAGACUAUGGAUCUGGCCGAACAAAUGAAUCAGCAAAUUAUACAGAGAGUGUCCUACCAGUGGAAGAAUUUCUGUGUUAUUUGUCCUACACAAAGGGAAGAAACACGUACUACAACGCUGUUCUUCUACAGUCCUUCACUGAAAAAGACAGUCUUAUUAGCGCCCAGUACCCACUUCCUGACUACACUGAAGACUUUCUCAGACUCAUCAGUGAUUUUGAUGCUCGUGUUGUGGUUUUUAUGUGUCCGAUAAGAGAAUUGAAAUCUACCUGUCUUUGGUUUCCGACGAAAUCUGAACAUAAAACCGUUGGGAAUUUUACCAUCAAAUUGGCCUCGGCGACAAAUUCUACAAACUUUGCAUCAAGAAAUAUCGUCUUACAGCCAGAGGGAGGCAGGACUAUGGGGAUUACAGUACUAGAAUGUAAGACUUGGAAAGAAGGGAAAAUGAUAAUAGAUAAAAGAGCUUUGCUGGAUUUAAUCAAAGAAACAAAAUCUGAAAAGACUAAGCACAAGGAAGGGAGGGUUGUUAUUAUGUCAAGUGAUGGAGCCACACGUUGUGGAGCAUUCUGUGUGGUUUAUAACGCUCUGGAACAACUCUCUAUGGACCAGGAGGUGGACAUAUUCACCAUCACAAGGCAACUUCAGAUCCGAAGACCGGAGUUUGUAUCGACUUUGGACGAAUACCAGCUCUGUCAUGACGCUGUUGCAGAGUACAUGCAAAAUGACAGUGUGUAUGCAAACUGCUAAAUCUAUUAAUGAUGAAAUAAAUACAGAUCAUAGUUGAAUACUUUUAACAGACAUUUUAAAAUGUAUUUUGCCUGCUUUGUUUACUCUAAAAGACAUUUUGUAAAAUAUUUUCAAAAUAUAGAAAAAAAGCUUACUCUUGAAAAUCUUAGUACUUUGAUUGUCGCAUACUAUAAGUAUUUUUGUAGGCACAUUUUAAUAUGCAAUAAAAUCUGUUUACUGAUUCUUUGGGAUAAUUAUUUUUGAAUUCAUGUAGACCACCUUUGAAGGGUCUGAUUAAAACAAACAUUACUGUUUAUUUGU